AUGCUUGAGGGCGGCAAGUCUUUGAGCGCAAAGGCCAUAUGCAAGCUAAGGCAUCUGGGGAAGUUUGCGACCAGUCGAAAGGCAAUUCCAGUCUUCAAAGGCGUCUUGGCAUAUAUCAUUGCGUUUAUUCUUAUUUUUCUGAGAGGAUUCGACGAUCUAUCGCAAGUUCCAAUUACAUUCACUGGUACAAUUCUCAUUGUCAUUGCUGGAACUCCAGGAAAAUCUGUUGGCGCAUGUCUGACUGCGACCUUUUUCGCCAUCCUUGGGGUCUGUGUUGGGUCUCUGAACUUUGUGAUUCUCGCCCAUCUAGGACAUGAGCCCGUUGCUCAGGCUGUAGUGUUUGCCGUUAUGGUCUACUUACUGGCGUUGAUCAAGGCGCAAGGGUUGAAAUACUUUGGGUUCUCCUUACUUGCCAUCCUUAUGAGCUUCAAUGGGAUCUACACAUCCAUGAUGCUCGGUACUGGAUUUAGCUCGACGUACCUCAAGGAAUAUAUCAAGUCAUAUCUGUGGGGCUCGGCCAUCGUCCUCUUCGUCAACCUCUUCGUCUUUCCUGUCUCUUCGGAACGGGAACUUCGCAAACUUCUCGUCAUGUCCCUUGAGCAUGUUGCUACUUACUCCCAUUUACUCGCCAAGACGUAUACAUUGACCCUGACCGAUGAAGAACGCGACGCCCGGGCUCGGCUGGCACAAACUAUCCGAGCCGAUUUCGGCUUGCUGACGAUGAAAAUGGCUGAGACUUCGGCUGAAAUCAAUUGGUCUAGAUGGAGUAUGGAUGAUUAUUUGGUAUUUGUGGCAAAAACAAGAGCCGUUCAAUUGGCACUAAUCACCUCACACACAUCCAUAUCUAAUAUCCACUCCCAAAAUGCAACGCUAUUCAAAGAAUAUUUCCUACCCUCUACGCUCAAGCCGUUUCAACGCAUGCGACGGGACAUUGAUAUGGCAAUUCAAGAAAUUAGCGAAGCGCUUGGCGGCUCUCCAGCCCGAACAACCAGGCCAAGUGAAUGUGACACUGACUCUCCCCCUAAAGAUCUCGAGAAAUCGGCUGUUCCUGGCCCAACCAGCAUAUCAUAUCCUACUACAGCUGGGGCGGAACAGGACCUUCGCAAGCGGGCUCUCCUCGCUGGCUCGUCCGCCGCACGCACAGCUACAGGAAAUGAUACUCCAGCAGCAGCGGCUGACGAAGACGAACAAGAUGAGAUUAGAGAAAGACUCAGGAGGGUCGCGGCACGAUUGGCAGAAGAAGUGGCCAACGAAGGUCUCAGUCCCGCGGGCGGCGAUAAAUCUUUGCCAACUAGUACAACGACAGCCCUGUCUCUUAGUACCAAAACUGCCACUGCUUCUGAUCACUCAGACGCCGAUCACAAACAAGAUCACGGUCAUGGGACCAAACCGGCUCGAAAAUGUACAUGUGGCCCCUCGGCAAUUCUUAACGACUUCAAUGCAUUCCGGCUUAAACAGCAAGAGCUUCUAGGCGCUGCAUUGGUUUGCGGGCGACUGCAUGGAGGAUCAAGUAGAUUGAGAUUAUACGAAGAAAGGAAAAGCGUAGCACAGGAGGAAGGAAGAGAUUGGGUAAGGGGCGAAGCGGAGAUGCGUAAACGGCGGGGAGCUACGAGCAGAGCAACUAGUGUUAAGGCUUCUGAGGCGGACCGGGAACCAAGUCGACCUGUCAGUACCGUGGACUUUGAUCUGGAAGAAGGCAUACAGGAUGAAGAAGACGAUCCGAAGAAAGUGAGAGAGGAUCAGAUGAUGACUGAUACGAGGCAAUGCCUGGUUCGCGUUUAUUCACUUCUAUAUGCACUUAACCAAUUUGCCCACGAAUUAAGCACAUUCCAUGAAGCAGUCAUCUCACGAAAAACUCGUCCUAAACGGGUACACGUCCAUCUAUUUGAGACGUUGGCGGGGAAAGUGCACAAGGCUGAGCGGAAGCGAAAAGAGCGUGCGCAACGGCCCCCAAUCUCCAACCGCACGUCAAGAUCCGAGACCGGGGUCAUGGAGAUAGACAACGCGAGCCAAGUAGAAGAUCGGGAGCUAUGUGUUCGUGAGGCAUUGGCGAUACUCGAACAACAAGAAUAUGUCCCCCAAAAUGUGAACAUUUGGCAAAAACUGGAGCGCGCAAAACGGUUGUUUGAGAGCCCGACUAGCAUAUAUGCGGGAAAGACAGCAGCUGCGACGUUGAUUUUCGCCGUAUUGAUAUGGGCUCCAGCUACUCGACAAUGGUUCAUCAAUUAUGGGCUAACUGGAGGACUCAUUACUGUUGUGGUGGCUCUUACCCCGACAUUGGGCCAAACUCUGUUUACUUUCGUAAUGCAAAUCGCUGGCUCGGCAGUUGGAUAUAUUAUGGCGAUCAUUGUCCUAGAGGCAUUCAAGGAUGUUGGCGGGUACAGAUUUAACCCCUAUGGGAUAACAUGCUUGGUUGGGCUAUUUGCUAUCCCAUUUCAGUACUUGAUCUACGAGAAACCGAUGUAUUUCACCCUUGCCCUUCUCGCUCUCAACGGAACUGGGGUUAUUGUGGUCACCGAAUGGACAGUGCAGCAGUACCAAGGUCGACACAACUAUGAUUCCCCCCCAUACCGCGCCGGCAAGGCACUCUCCUCCUUAGCAGUCGCUCUUGCGAUAGUCGGAACCUUCCAAUUGGUAGUACUCCGAAACCCAGCUCGCCGACAGCUCCGAGAAUCAACGGCCCGAAUUGUAUAUGGGCUUCUGGGUUAUAACACGAUUUUGCAGGCCUACGUUCGGGCGACUAUGCCAGCUGACCCUGCGUUCCGCGCCCCCCAGGCUGCAUUAGAGCGGGUUGAGCAUGAUUUGAGACACAGGGAGAUGAAACUUCAGACACAAUUGAUCGAGGUAAUGCCAUUACUUAUGUUCGCGAAUUCCGAGCCACAACUCGCAAAACCCUUCCGAGGGGAUGUUGUAAACAAGCUGUUGAAAAGCUGUCGUAUUAUCCUAGACCGGUACCGCGAGGCGCGUGCAGCCAUCGGAACCACACCGUUUGACGAAUACAUCAUUGAAGAGUUUAUAUCAGUGCUAUCUCCAUAUCGUCGUCGAUUCACGCGAACUAUCAAGACCAGCUUCUACUUGUUUCCUCUACCACACGAUAUUCAAGGGGUCACUGAUUGGCAAGCCGAUUUCAUUCACGACGCACUGGUUUUAUCUACUCGCAUGGCACGUAGUGAGACCGGAGCGAACAGUGUCAAGAGCGAAGAGUUUUCGAGGUAUUGGUACUACUUGCUAACGGUUUCGACUAUCGGCGAACAACUCAAGGAAAUGGAGGCAGCUUGUAAAGAGUUGUUUGGAGAGUUGGAGGAUCAUCCAAGAGGCGACUCACCAUGGGGACCUAAGUUUCCUCAUUAUUCGAGAAUUUCUGAAGAUUCUAUCGAUGCUUCCUUUGAUGCGUACAUUCAACGCAAGGAAUCUCUUAGUGAGGCAUCGCACGAUCUUAUGCCACUCAGCGUCCUCGAAACGGCUCUUGCAGUUGGUGAGAAUAUGCACAAAGUUGGGUUCCACACCGGUAACAAGAUAUUUCCGGUAUUGAUGAAGACGAUCCGGGGGUAUACUGAUAUACACAAGGGUGAAAUACUCAGUCACUACUAUGGACUACUCUGUAACAAGAUGCUCGACCCGUUUUUAGAAGAAUUAAAGCCGAGCAUGGAGCGAGUCACUGUGGCCGACCGACUCGCCGAGAAAGCUCUGGGUUGUAUGAGUAAAGCCCUUUAUACCGAGGAUUUAUCAAAUGUUGCAGAUGCCCUUGGAUGUAGCAAGAAGACAGGAACAGCGUUCGUCCUCGAAGGCGGCUUAGGCUUUCGGGAUGUGAGGUUUCUUGUCGAUGUGGUAUGGAAGAGUCGCAAAGCAAUUAUUCCUCUCAGAAGAGACGAGAUUUUGCCCGGUCUGCCGGCCCUGGUAUUUGUCCUUUGCGAAAUGAUCAUUUUCUCUAAUGCUCCAAAGCCGACCCGACCAUGGGGGAAAUUACAAGAUAUUUUAUUGCGUUGCUAUCUCGGCGAUACUUCCCUGCCUGAACGGGCUAUCCUGCGCCAACUCGCCAUAUUUCUCCAUCAUCGGAUUCAAGAGUACAAGAUUCCAGAGGACUAUGUACCAGUCGACCAAGAAGACUUUUGUGCGAUAGCAGGGGCUUGGAGUGAUAUGUUGACUCCACCAUUGGACUUGGCCCUAGCACCAGUCAUGCUCUUGGAUGUUUCGAUUAUUUUUUUUCAGUGGAUCUUUCGUCUCAUGGCAAAUCCUCGUGGAAAUGAGGGGACGCUGGUAGCGGAAUGGCUGGCGCCUGCAAUCAUGGCGGGCGGCUUCGAACGGCUACGGCUAGAGAUAGACCGAGAACGUGAUGGUCCAAUGGCACUUCCUAGGCGCGGCUUUACAAGAAAUUACGCUGCCGAACUUUUUGGACAUUCAAGCGUGAUUGGUAAAUCAAUUCAGUCGUCCGCAGUCAAGGAUAAAUUUGUGCAAACCCUAUACGAGCUUGAUUUCCAUGAGCUUGCUGGUCGCGUGUUGUUGCUUGUAACGCGGGAAGAUGUCAAUCAAUAUACUGAAAAUGAGCCCGAUAAACUGAUGCAUUAUAUUGAAAGCCUUGACCGGGUCAGCGAAGCAUUGAACGAUGCACUUCCACCCCAUUCUCCUAAUCUCUCCGAAAGUAUAUUUGCAGAUUGGUUCAAAAUCAAUUCACAAAUGGAACUUUAUCGCUCUGGAAUACUCCCCUCGAAGACAACACUUGCUGUGGGCGAGAACAUGCACAAGGUUGGAUUUAAGAGCGGCGACAAGAUCUUUCCCGUCUUGAUGUCAACUAUCCGCAAGUAUACCAAAUUGCACAAGGGAGGUAUAUUCGACAGGUAUUACGGGUUUUUAUGUGUCAGACACCUCAUUCGUAUGGUUUGCAUUGGUGCGCUGCGUCAGUGCAAGCGACUUGACAAGUUCUUGAAUGGCAUCGAACCGGACGUGCCAUGGCAGGAAGCCACUGAGGAGCUUGUAGCGAACACCCUGCAAUCGAUGAUCGAAGUGCUCUGCUCUGAAAACUCGGUCAACGUGGAACAUUUGCUUGCUAUGAUGUCACAAAGCGGGCACGCGUUUACGAUUGAUGGUGGACUCGGCUAUGAGGAUGUCGAAUUCUUGAUUCUAAUGCUGUGGAAAGAUCGCAAAUCGUUGGUACCACUACGGCUAUGUGGACUACUGCCAGGCCUACCGGCUAUGCUUUUUGUUCUGUGUCAAAUGACUGUUUUAUCCAAGAGCUCUAUAAUUCAUCGACCAUGGCUCGCCCUAGAAGAUAUCAUUUUCCGCUGCUAUAUAGGGGAGACCACGAAUCCUGAACGUGAAAUCUUGCGGCAAUUCUGCAUAUACAUCGAAAGUCAUGUAUUGAAUCGGUAUCACGCAAUAUCUCUCGAUUACGAACGCGUUGACAAGGAAGAUUCGCGCACAGUCGCCGAAGCGUACUGUACAGUUUUCACACCACCAAUGGAUCUCUCCCUUGCUCCUAUUAUCCAACUCGAUGUAUCUAUGAUGUUGUUUCGAUGGGUACUUGAUUUGCUAGGCUGGCAGGCGAAAGGGGCACUUGCUGGGGAAGACCUUGUACCUCACAUAAUCAAGAGCGCGAUGGCCAGGUUAACUCUCGAGAUCGACCGGGAAUGGUCUGGACCAAUGCUGGAUAAAAGGCGAGCAUUCACGAAUCGUUAUGCGGGCGAGGUCUUUGGAUAUACAAGCUCUCUUGUUCUCCAAAAAAAGAUUUCUACGCACAGUGUGCAGCAAGCACUGGUGCAAAUGUUUGUGGAGGGCGACUUUCAUGAACUUGCCGGCCGAGUUUUGAUGCUUGUCACGCGGGAAUCCUCUCAUUCACCCCCAUCUUUCGAUGAGCUCUGUAUGUCUUUCAGACAGAUUGGCAAGGCCUUUGAUAUGCUCCCUAGCCCUUCACCCGAACAACUAGAAUCCAUCGCACUCACAUGGCGCAAGAUUUUUCUCAACUUGAUGUACCACCAUCAGUCGGUGCUGACGCAUACGCACGAAGAUGUUAUCGAUGAGGCAGUGCAAUCAUGGGACGCCCUACGACCAUCCAGUAUCAAACGACCGCCCGAUGUGUUCGAGUGUACGAACCCAAGAUGUGCUAUCCGUUCCACAUAUGCGGUUCGGCCAGAGGCAUGUAUUGUUUGCGGCGAGUGCGAGGAGGCAAUGUACUGCGGUCGGAGGUGCCAACAAAUACAUUGGUCGCUUGAAUCAGCAGAUGCCCACUGGCGCCAUUGUCGGUCACCAGAAGAUUAG